AUGGCUAAGAUACACUGGUACCACCAAGACCACCUGGCUGCCAUUCAUCGCCAACGCUGCGAGGCGUCCAUGGUACACCCCAUUCGCAAAGAAGGCACCGACCGCCCUCUCAGCCGAGAGGAGAAGAACUGGCUUUGGGAGCAAACCUGGGCAGGCUGGGACGUGGGCGCGUAUCCCAUGGCCCCCACCCCCGCCGACAGACCCAUGACAGACUUCGCCACCUAUGGGGGCACAUUCAUGCCCGCCACGCCGACAGGCCGGAAGCGAAAGGCCCCUUCCUCGGCUCUGUCCAAGCAAGCGCCUAAGCGCCAGGCAACUUCAGUCAAGCCCCACCGCAAGGCAGGUCAGCCGGUAUACAUACGGCCCAAGAAAGUCCAAGUGUUGAAUACUCUGGAAUGGCAGAUCAUGGAUGCCAGAGGCACCGGCGCAUCGCCGGCUUACGUUAGAUGGCCCAACGCCAACCCGGCGGACCCGGCAGCUACGGGCACCUUUUCUCCAGAUCUGCAGAUUUCAGCCGUACGAAAGUACGAUACGUCGCAGAGAGCUUGGGUCAGCCGGUGGAACAACCGCGUCGCGGUGUACCUGAUUCGACGCUACCUCCACGAGAAGUACACCGGGUUGCCCCCGCAAGACGGCGCGAUGCGUGUGCUUACCGAGGCCGACUUCAAGGACUAUAACCUAUUCGGCCCGAUGCUCCUCUCUCACGCACAAGGUGUCGUCAACCAGCUGGAGCACAACGGCGGCGGAAUUGGGGAUGAAUGGCGGCCCUCUUACUAA